GUGUGUUUUUCCAGUUUGUUCAUAUCGAAACUAGCUUUUUUUUAUAGUUCUUUCAAAGGCUUUAGUGAACAUGGCAGGUAAACCAUUUUCCGAGUGGGUGCAGUUAGAGAACUUCCAGUGCCCAGCUGCUAGUUGUCCUUCAAAGCAACCGUUCACCUGGGUGUGUGCAAAGGAUGGGAACUAUACGUAUAUGAAUGCACUGGGGAAAAUGAAAUGUAGAACAAAUGCUCACCAUGGUAAAAUUAUUUCAUGGACCUGGAAUUGUGGAGACGACUUUCACAAUGGCGAGUAUCUUGCUGCAGACCUGGAGGGCUUCACAUUCGCACUCUCUCAAGCGGUGCAGCUCAUGGGCAAGAUGGGAAGCGCCUGGGUGGCCAACCUGAUUAUGGAGCUGGGCAAGCAAUAUGGACAAUAAUAGGAGUUUUAUCCAGAAUUAUAUAUGGAACAAAUCACCGCUCGAUGGAAAGAACACGUGCAUUUGUAUAAAAUAUGAAAACGAUAUAUACACAAAUGUGUUGCGCCAAUAUUUGUUUAAAAAACUGGUGUAUUUUAUAUCGGAUCUUCAAAUAACAUGUUAAUGUUUUAUCUCUUCUUUUCUCUUUGUGUUUACUGAUAAGCUAAAUUAACGUGAACAUCUGUUGACCAAAGAUCUAAAACGAAGUCAGAAAUACUUAUCUAUUCUACAAAAUGUGUCUCUUUUGUGUGCCUUGUGAUAUAGAUAAAUGCAUAAAUGAAUUAGUAACAUACUUACGGUAUUGAAGCAAAACUAUGUUUCAAGAUAAUGUAUGCUUCGUAUAGAAACAAUUUUAAACAUAUUUGUGGUUGCGUGUCAUUUUGUUUUAGGGUCCCGUUUUAAUUUUAACAUAUUUUAACUAAGUGAAGAACCACUACUAAAUAAUAAUAUAUACCUUAACUGAGUGGUUCAUCAUGUAUUAAAAAAAGUAUUUCAUGUUCAUGCAAAAUAGUUUAGAGCAAAUUACACCAGGGUUAUUAUUAAGGAUGUAGUUUUUGAUCAAGUGACAAACAUGUUACAGGCAGAUUAUUAUAUAGCUGGUGAAUAUUAACAUCAUUGGUUUAUAUAUUGAAUAAAAACAUCAACACUGUUAAAAUCUUAACCUAUAUACCAUUAUUAAAAUUGUAUUGCACAUAAGUAUUUCUCUCCAACGUAUACUUUAUUUGUUCUCUCUUGUUUCAACUUUUGAUUGUUUGAUUUGGUUGUGAUUAUAUGGGAUGUUGUGUGUUUUCCGUAUGGUAUUUUGCAUGUCCGUUUUAGCAUUCAUGUGUAUAAAAUAAUUGUGUACAUGUUUGUAUAAAAUUAAUUGCUAUAUAUGUUGCAUAAACGUUGAUACACGUGUAUAAUGCUUUAAACAAUGUUGAAUUAUCAAUUAUGUUUUUCCAAUACAUUUGAUAUCACGUCGAUUCCUUUGGGUGCGUGUGCUUCGUUUAUUAUAUGACAGAGAUGUGUACAUGUGCGAAAUAAUGUGUACGAUGUGUAUGUAAUGCUGGGUCGUUUGAAUUUGAAACGUAGGCGACUAAUACAUUUACGCAUCCGAUGUCAUUUACUGUUAUUGUUGAUUUACGUAAAUAUCAGCUAAGUUUGGAAUUGUUUUAAGUGUGAGGCCUUUGCGAGUAUGGAAUAAUUAAUGUCGGUAAUUAUAUUGUUGGUAUUUAUAUUGUAUAUGUACUUUUGUAUUUAUUAUUAUUACGAGAGCGCGAUUGUUUGAAUUAUUUUAUUUACAUAAGAUUUUUAAUGUUUUUGUAUGUUUGACUGUAUUGUAUUGUAUUUGUUUUUAUAGAAUCGUCAACGAAUAAAAUUUAAGACGCAUA